AUGGGCAAAAAGAAGCAAGAGAUGGCCCAGGUGUAUAGUGGCUCGAAGGAUGAGUUCAUAUUCGGAGAAGAAGGUGGAAGGGGAAAAAACUUAUCUUCUUUCUUGAAGAACUUGUCGUUAACUGGGUCAGCAACAUCACCUUCAAGGACAUCAACAAGUCGAGAUUCCAUUGAGGAAGCAAACAAAAACAUUUACGGAAGUCUAUCAUACAAGGGUGGAAAUGACAACAGGAUUACAUCGAGUUUAUGGAGCUCUCCUUCACAUUAUCAAUAUCACCAUCAGCAACACCAACAACAAGAACAACAAAACACAUCUCCUCGUCCACUGAAUAUCAGAUCUCUUUCAUCGGGUGUCUUGAACCAUCCGCACCUGCAUUUCCAAUCAACACUGUCAAUUGAUAAAAAACUCAAAGGAAGCAAUAAUGGUCGCAUUAAUUAUAAAGACCUUGACGAUGAUUGGAAUUCAGAGAUUAGUGAAGAUGUAUCUAUUGGAGCCACGCGUCCAACAAACGCCUCCUACCCUAGUCUUAGUAUAGGUUCAAAGAAACCUUUUCCAGAAGGCGAAAAACAACAUGAUAAGUACGCUAUGGGAGGGGGCGAGGCAUUGCAGAAGGCAACAGAGGGUGGACUUGGGCCGGCGGCGUUUGAUGCAAAGCAGAGCAAGUUUAGGAAGUUUCGAAGUGUACUUGCAAACGAUGGUGUGAUUGAUAUAAACGAAUUGAGGAAACUUUCAUGGAACGGGAUUCCAGAUGAGCUUCGAGCGUUGGCAUGGCUAUUACUUCUGGGCUAUUUACCUACGAAUAGAACAAGACAAGCUUCUACUUUGAAGCGCAAGCGCCAGGAGUACUUUGAUGGUGUGGUUAGCAUGAAUAUAAAUUUUGAAGACAGCACAGGUAUAGGUGGUGCGAAGCAUCAGCUGCAGCAACACCAGCAAAAUCAAAAGGUUGCAAACUCUCGCGAAAACAACAUCUACCACCAGAUCAAAAUUGAUGUUAAAAGAACGAACCCUACUCUGGCUUUAUAUGCACACAGCUCCACUCAGGUCUCUUUACAAAAGAUCUUAUACUUGUGGGCAAUUAGGCAUCCAGCUAGCGGGUAUGUACAAGGAAUAAAUGAUUUGGCGACGCCGUUCUACCAAACAUUCCUUGCCCAUUACAUAUGGCAACUAAAACGAAAGAAGGGGAAGAAGAUGAAGGAAGAUGAGAUCCUUUUUAUUCCCGGUUACAUUUCUUGUGGGGGAGACGACGACGACGAGGUGGAGUCGGAGAAAGAGGAGAAAGAAGAGGAGGAGGAGGAGGAAACUUUAUUACUAAAUUCGGAUGAUAUAUUGCAACUCGAUGUACAGACUUUUGACCCGGGUCGUUUGAGUGCGCGUGUAAUUUCCUUGAUUGAAGCCGAUACUUAUUGGUGUUUAUCACGUUUGUUGGAGACGAUUACAGAUAAUUAUAUUCACGAGCAGCCCGGAAUCUUGAGACAGGUCAGUGAACUCAAGACUUUGAUCUCAAAGAUUGAUUCCGAUUUGAUACGGCACUUUGAUAGCGAGGGCAUUGAAUUCGUCCAGUUUGCAUUUCGAUGGAUCAACUGCCUCCUUAUGAGGGAAUUGCCGAUGCCACUAAUUGUACGAAUGUGGGACACGUACUUGAGUGAACAGCCAUUGGGGUUUAACACUUUCCACACUUAUGUGUGCGCAGCUUUUCUUAUAAGGUUUAGCAAGGAGCUAAAGCUGAAGGAUUUCCAAGAGAUACUUUUGUUCUUGCAAAACCCACCAACAUCGAGUUGGAAGGAGAAAGAUGUAGAGUUGAUGCUAAGUGAGGCAUAUAUUUGGCAGAGUUUAUACAAGAACGCAGCAGCACAUCUCAAAUGA